UUGACUACUUCUAGAUGGCACACUGAGUCCGAGGAGCCCUCAUCAGCAGCAGUAUGUUGGAUUUGAAUGUAGCAAAGAGACAGACAACAGACUGACUAUGUGAGGAGCUGUGAUUCUUUGAAUAAUGGACUAAAGCAGGGGAACUGUUACUGGACAGAAACAGUGCACCUCCACCAUCCUGCCAUGGAGGGGUCAAAUGCAAAAAGAAAACCAGGAUAUGGGCAUCACAAAAAAGAGAACUCUGUCGGCCACCCGCCGCUGUGCCGUCAGUCCACAGCAGACUUCAGUAGUGACGACAACGUUCAGCCCAGGAAACUGAACGGCUCGUCAGUGGAUACACCGAGCUACCAGAACCUGCACCGGGAGCUGCUGCUCAGCCAUAAACGGGGUCUGCUGCUGGAGGAGAAACCAGAGCUGAAGCGAGUGUUGGAGCAGCGCAGACUGGAGCUGCACAAGGAGGAGGAGAUGGCACGACGGGGGCCCUCAGAUCUGGAGACAGAGCUCCGCAAGAGGCAACAGAAGCUGCAAGAGUACGAGCAAGAGGAGAUCAGGCGGCGGGAGAACCAGCAGAAGAUCCCUGAGUUUGUCCGUGUGAAGGACAACCUGAGGCGCACUCAGGCAUUUGAGCAGUGAGGCCCUAAGGCUCCCAUCAGCCCCUGCAGCAUCUCACCAUAGUGGCCCUAAAUCUUUAUGUUCACUGUCUGCUGAGUUACACAGCCUAUAUAGACAAACAUCACAGGUGCACCUACAGGCUUUGGAUCUCUUCAUGGAUUUUAAAUUACAUUUGGAAAUAUCAGGAAUCAUACAAAGGAAAUACGUAUUCCAUAUUUAGAAAUGUCUUUGUAAAACUUAAUCACAGUUCUGUUUCUGAUGAGGGAGUGCUCAUUUUUUAUUUAUAAUUAUGUGGAUCAAUAUUUAUUUGUUAAGGGAAAGCUACUACUGUUCAGAGGUUGGAUAUUUUUUAUGUUUUCUAUGGUAAUUGUACUAUUUAUAUUUUCAAAUCAACUUCUCACGCUUCUUCAGGGCCACAUCAGUCAAGCCUAAUUCUUAUUUUAAAACACUACUAUUAUGGGAUUGCUAACAGAUGCAUUCCCCAACAGAUCUGUUUUGUAUCAAUAGAAAUCCCCCAGUGUUACAAAUUUGCUUGUUUGUUUAUCUGUUUCUGUCAUGACUUUUGAUUUUUAGUGUGUCCGUGUGCUGUGGAAAUAAAGGCUUCGUGG